UCCUCCUCUCCCUCUCCCCAUCUCACACGCACGCAUUCUCAUUUCUCACGACACAACCAUGUCUCUCUUCUCUCCCCACUUCCCCUCUCUCCCUCUUCUUCUUCUUCCUCUUCUCCUACUGAUCAUAUCCUUCGCAACCCCAUCCUCCUCCGCCUCCUCCGUUGUGGCUUUCAUCUUUGGCGGCUGCUCUCGGGCCAAGUUCACGCCGGCCUCUGCCUACGAGUCAGCCGUCAACUCCGUACUCACUUCCAUCGUCAACGCCGCCAUGUUCUCCUCCUACAACAACCUCACCGUUCCUCUCUCCUCCUCACAGGACACCCCUAUCUACGGCCUCUUCCAGUGCCGCGGCGACCUUGCCGCCGCCGACUGCUCCCGCUGUGUCGGCCAGGCCGUCUCCCAGCUCGGCACCCUCUGCCCGGACUCCACUGGCGGAGCCUUGCAGCUCGACGGUUGUUUCGUUAAGUAUGAUAAUUCUAAGUUCUUGGGCGUGGAGGACAAGACUUUGGUCCUGAGGAAAUGCGGGCCGUCGCUUGGGUUCACCUCGGACGAGUUGACUCGGAGGGAUGCUGUGCUGGUGUAUUUGGAGACGUCCGAUGGGAUGUACAAGACGUUCAGGACGACUAGCUCGGGGGAUUUUCAGGGUGUAGCACAGUGCGUAGGGGAUUUGAGUGCGACCGAGUGCCAGGAUUGUCUAUCAAACGCGAUCGGACGGCUGAGAGUGGAGUGCGGGCCCGCCCAGUGGGCACAGGUAUAUUUGGCAAAGUGCUACGCGCGCUACUCCAAAGGUGGGGAUUACUCGCCCGGCGGAAACGGUGAGCAUAAAAACAAGAACGACGAUGAGCUUCAGAAAACUCUGGCAAUUAUAGUUGGACUCAUCGCAGGAGUGGCUCUACUAAUCAUAUUCAUUUCAUUCUUGACAAAGCUGUUCAAAAAGGAUAGAGAUGGAAAAUGAAGAACAUCUUGUGUGGAUAAUUAACACUGGUCUUGUAGUGCUUCCUCUGGUAAUUUAUUUUUCUUGUUGGUGUCUUGUGUUUUGUGGGAUAGCUGGGACAUGAAAAAUGCCCGUGAAGGUCGGAUAAGUAAUAAAGUAAUAGAAAGAUGUGUAAUGGAAAAUAAAGGAGAAAGAAAAGAGAAGUUUAUUGGAGCAAGAGAAAGGGGGAAAGGAAGAAAGCGAUGGGCGCAAUAAAGAGGCAGAAAAGGCUCAAAGAUCCAAAAUCCACUUUGGCAAUUUUCAAAUGUCAAGUGAUGGGUAUAGGCUUUUCUGGGCAUAAUUUGUAGAUCAAGUUUUUCCUCUUUACUUUUGGAACAUGAAAUCAACCACUUUGCUUAUCCAAAAAGUUAGCAUCAUAUUAAUAAGAAUGUAUAAUUUUUUUUCCUUGGUCCCGAAUUAA